AUCUCCAAAAAAAAAAAAAAAAAGUCUGUGCGCAGUUUUGGGUCACAUGCAAAACAUUGCAACACAUCUGUUGGGUUCAACAGCUGGGAUGUAAGCUGAUGGUGUGUUGGAGCGCGCGCUGGUUUCUUUUUCUGUGCAGAAUUGAAUGCACGGACACGGAUAUCGCCUGUUCGUGAGUGGGAACGUGCCGGAUCGCGAUGCUGGCGAGAAAAAGUAUCAUUCCAGAGGAGUUCGCGCUGCCCGCGCUGGCCUCGCGCGCGCCCCGGAAGCCGGUGUUCCGGGACCGAGUGAACAAGGCGCGCUUCAUUGCCAAGAGCGGCGCGUGCAACCUGGCGCACAAGAACAUCCGCGAGCAGGGCCGCUUCCUGCAGGACGUCUUCACCACGCUGGUGGACCUCAAGUGGCGCUUCACGCUGGUCAUCUUCACCAUGACCUUCCUGUGCAGCUGGCUGCUGUUCGCCAUGGCCUGGUGGCUCGUCGCCUUUGCGCAUGGAGACCUGGAUCUGGCGCGCCAGCCCGGUGUCGAGCAGUGCGUCACCAACGUCAAGUCCUUCACCUCAGCCUUCCUGUUCUCCAUCGAGGUGCAGGUGACUAUAGGCUUCGGUGGGCGCAUGAUCACUGAGCAGUGUCCGACAGCCAUCACGGUGCUGAUCCUGCAGAACAUUGCCGGGCUCAUCAUCAAUGCUGUCAUGCUGGGCUGCAUCUUCAUGAAGACGGCGCAGUCGCAUAGGCGUGCCGAGACGCUCAUCUUCAGCCGCCAGGCUUGCAUCGCCGUGCGCAACAGCCGUCUGUGCUUCAUGAUCCGCGUGGGUGACUUGCGCAAGAGCAUGAUCAUCAAUGCAGCUGUGCGCCUCCAGGUGGUGCGCAAGACCACCACGCCGGAAGGAGAGGUCAUCCCUAUACACCAGAUCGACGUCCAGAGCGAGAGCGCCGUGGCCAGCAACACUAUUUUCCUCCUGGCACCACUCAUCAUCUGCCAUGUUAUUGAUAAAGACAGUCCACUGUAUGACCUGUCAGCCAUGGAGCUGCAGUGCAGUGACCUGGAGGUGAUCGUCAUCCUUGAGGGUGUUGUCGAGACCACGGGCAUCACUACACAAGCACGCACUUCUUAUGUGACUGAAGAGAUCCAGUGGGGCCACCGAUUUGUGCCUAUCGUAACUGAAGAGGAGGGGGUUUACUCGGUGGACUACUCUAAGUUUGGCAACACGGUGAAGGUCGCGACGCCGCGCUGCAGCGCCCGCGAGCUCGACGAGAAGCCGUCCAUCCUCAUACAAACGAUGCAGAAGAGCGAGCUGUCGCAGCAGAACUCUCUGCGUAAGAGGAACUCGAUGCGCCGCAACAACUCCAUGCGCAAGAGCAAUACCAUGCAGCGCAACAACCUGUCACUAGCUGUACCCAAAGUGCAGUUCUUCACACCCGAAGGGGGGCAGAACGUCGCCGUCACAUGACACGCACACGGUCAUCGUCUGGAUUAUAAAAGGUUCAGAGACGCUCUCUUCCUGUCUUGCUCCUCUGGAUCUCGUCCUGGUCUUCUGUUUAACUCUACCACUGCUGUUGUAAAGGAGCAGCAACUGCUAAACUUCUUUCUUCCUUUCCUGCUUUACACAAAUCGAUUUAAAAAAUACUUUUUAAUAAAAAGCAUAUUGUUUGAGAAAGAGGAAUCCGUUGUCUUUCAUAUGACAUGGCUACUUCUUUUCAUUAGAGCACUAUUUCACUGUCCUGUAUUAUUAUUAUUAUUAUUAUUAUUAUUAUAUUAUUAUAUUGUUGUAUUGGAACCUGGAAUAUUGUCACUGAGCUUAUACACACUUUAUUUGAGAAAUAUAAUAAACGUCCUGUGUGUAAAUGAGAAAUGUUAAAAUGCUCAAAUCAAUAAAGCAGUUUGUCCUG